AAAUAUUUAAAGAAUAAAAACAUUUAGACCUGAAAAGAUAUUCAGUAUGAGUAUUAAAGUUAUUUGAAUUUUAUGGGUUUAUGGGGAAUAACCGCAUGACGCCACGUUACAGCACUGUUUCAAUAAAACCACAUAAAAGAUGACAGCAUCGUUAAAUUCCCAUAAUUGUCAUUCGUUAAAUAUUAUCCAUCGCAUUCUGCGGAAUAUUUAGAUCUUGCGUCUUCGCUCAGCAAUCUAUUCAAUGGCAAAGGAUAAUGCCCGCUCGGCCGAGGAAUUCGGUGCGUUCGAAGCCGAGAGGAAGUUCGACAGGUCGGGCCCGAGCCGCUCGCGAGAUCAAAGAGGAGCUGCCAGGGUCAAGGACAAGCCCGAGGAGAGUCGACUUCCGACUCCACCUCCAGACCCUCAAUGCCCGCCGGUUACCCUCAUACGAGAUCAUCGCUCGGGGGUGACUUCUCGCGGGCUCGAGGAGGAAGAGGAGGAUCUCGCGGUUUAUCUCGGCGAGCUCGGCGCGUCGCCGUUUGAGGGUCAUUCGUUCGAUUACGAUACCACGCCGAAUUCGGCGACCUCGGCGAUGGAUGGCGACGCAACCCCUUUCACCGAGGAGGCGUUCGAACACCUGGACCGACUGUGCACGCUGACGGAGCAGAUCCUGGAGCUGCGUACCCGCAGCUCCGAGUACUUCCGGCGCGUGCGAGGUCUGGAACGCGCGAAGGUACAACGAAAUGCCAAUCGACGGCUGGAGAUCGCUCUGGCAAACGGUGAGGAGUUGCAUCAUGAUUUCAUCGAUGAGGAUACCGGCUUCGCGGAAUCUCUGUUGGACGCGAUGCUGUCGAAUAGCCGAGACGCCGCGUCCUUGACGCCGAGGAGGAACGAACGCUCGAACGUGCGAUCAUCCGUUUCAUCGAGACAACGAAGCCGAUCGCUCGCGCUGACCGAGCAAAAUCUCGGAUCGCGCCUGGUCGAGCAGAUAGGUGAGAUCGACAAAAGUGCUGAGAGGAACGCAGGUCGCAACGGCGGUCCGAAGGUCAGCAAGUGGACCAGGGUGAAGGCGGCCUUCAAGUGGGAACGCGCGUGUACGAACGAUCUCGCGGAUAUCGCAGAAUUGGACACGCCAGCGACUACGUCGUCGACGCCGACAACGAGGUAUCUCCGAAUUCCAGAUGCGAACAUUGCCGGAAGCUGGAGCACCGGAUCGGCGCUGUCGCCCUGCACCAGCGAAGUCUCCAGCCCAUCCACGCCGAUUGGCAGAGUAUCGUCCACGUCGUCGUCCACCGACGAUGUGUUUGACGAUUCGCGCAAAAAUUUCGUGAACUAUCCGGAGCGACAAUCACCUUUCGUGAAGGAUGAUAAAAAAAAGGACGAUCCAGAUCGGUACGGUCGAUCGCUCGAUCGUGACACUUCCGUCACGGAGAGCGUCGAUUCCAUAGAAUCUCCUAAUGAGGCUAAUCGUGGUAAACCACUAAUUCGCAUUAUAUCGGAUACGGAUGCUCCAAGCGGAAGCGGGAAAGAUCCGGAAGUGUCGCCGAAAAGGCCGACACCAACUCUGACAAUCACGAUACCAUCAAACGAGGAAGAAAUCAGAAGUUUGUCUUCACCGGAAUCGAUAUCUCCUCUUCCGUCGAGCGCACAGGAUUCCGGUGGAAGCUCGCCACAACGCCCCAGGAUGCGGCAGGACAUUUUGAGCUUGAAAGAAUUCAAACGACAGUAUUCGACGAUCGAGGAAGCGGUAACGCCAGCGCCAAAGAUACAACAGCAAGAUUCGAAAUGGAACAAGGUCAGACGUGCUUUUCUGACAAAUGCCACUUUCAGCGUUCCUCCAAGUCCGAUUAGAGUGGUCGCGGCGCAAUCGUUCAUGAACGAUGAUACGCGCCGAGCUCGCAGCCUUAGUGAAAGCGUCGAGGAUCUCGGUAAAACCGUUGCAGGUAUCAACAACAACGGCAACUACUAUCGGGAAACGCGCAGGGAUUAUCAGGCGUUGCGGGAGAAGUUCGGUGCAGAGUUUCACCGGAAGCUGAUCGAAUGGGAGCGAUUGAAGGGCCCGCAGAACAUUCGCAACGGCUUGCCGUUAAACGAGGAGCGUCUCGCGCCCGAGUUUAGGAAAAAGCUGCAAGACUGGAAACGAGCGAAGAAAGGUCGUCGGUCCAGCGCAGCUAUCGAGCAGCAACGCGUCAGCCGUCGACGAUUGACCGACUGGCAGCUUUGGCGCUCUUCCUCGUCGAAACCUGAACCCAGAUGUUACGGCAAAAAUCAGAGCUCGAUCGGCUCGCGCGGAAGCUGCGCGAGUAUCGGUAGCGCGGUGAGCUUCGGCAGCGAUGGGAAGCAACAUCUUUGCGAAGAUUUUAUCAAAAGGAUGGAGGCAUGGAGGAGAAUGAGCGAGGCCUCAAGUCGAAGUGGCGAAAGACCGAAAUCACCGAUGACAAAUCGUGUCGCGUCUGACAUUGACGAAACGGAGUUUCUUGCUUUGGAAAAGCUGCUUCUGCUAUUUGGGCAGAGGACCAAGAAGGAACUUCGAGAGAGCGAUGCGAGGCAGCUGAACGAUUGCUUUGAUGGUGAUUCGAGAUUCAUGGCUGCGUCUCGAGGAGUAAAUUGUGGUAACGAGGUGUUGAUUCGCACGUCUGUCGGCUCUUAUCGUUUCGAGGGUAUAUCUCGAGAAUUUACAAGGAAACUGUACGACUGGGAGAAAUACCGCGGAAUAUCUCCGAGAUCUUCCACGUUUCGCCUUUUGGGGCCGGGCUAUACGCCGUUCACGCAAGAUUCGAACGAAGUUGCAUUGACAGAGCCAAGUACGAUGAGCAAGAAUCAUGCAUAUCACUGGACUCUGAAACGAUCUAAAUCUGACGGUAGUGUUUUCGAAGGCAGUCUUCGCGACGAAUCGUUCACAUUACGUCGCUCUGCAAGUCUCCAAUCUCUUACUUCUGCAGGCAAGCUCGAAGACGACAAUCGGAUAGAUGUUUUACCGGUUCCCGGUAAUAACUCACAAAGGAUCAAAGAUCCGGAGGAUACAGCGGUAGAAGAUUCCGAGCCAGAAGCGAUGAUUGUCGACAUCGAGGAUGUUAUUGAAGAGACUGCCAGUCCCUUGGCAGGAGUACAACCUCAUCAAACGCCAGUGUACUCCGUCGCAGCCAGCGAAACUACUAGCAUCGCUGUUCCUCUUGGCACAGUCACAUCGAGUCAUGAACCUUCGCCAGUAUUCUUGGUCAAGACCAAAGACGAUGAAGACUGUGAACGAUGGAAUAUCGCGAAGAUUGGCCUGCAGACUUGCUCGAGCGAGAACAGUCCGAGUCCAGAAUACUUCCCGGUAUCUGAGGACUGGUGCGGAAGAACCUCGUUGGAUGAUGACAAGUCGAACUGGGAAUCGAGCUGGUACAAAGAAAGCAGGGAAGACGACGACUCCACAAGAUGGACCGAGAAGGCGCGACGCUCAAUUCCAGAUUCCGGUGAUUCUGUAAAGUCUGACCGUUCUAUUGGGUGGAAUCGAGAUAUUUGGGAUGAAUCGGGUGAUGAAGCAAAUAGAGAUUCGAUGAUUCUCGAAUCGUCUUCCACAUCGAUCUGCGAAAAUAAAAGCGAUACAAGAAAGGAAGAUUUUCUCGAAAGUGACAACGCUGGAUCUAUUCACUUUAAAAGUCUCGAAAUCUCAUCGAUGACUCCGAAUGCGGAAGAACUUAUGGACCCACCGCGUACGUGCAAGGGGAUGGAUGAGACGUGUAAGGAGAAGCCCGAGGAUCUAGCAGACGAAUCUUCGAACAAUGAGUGGACGAGCGAUGCGAAGAAUUUCCGAGAUGACGAAGAUGAUGAGAAAACCAAACAGGGAGACAUAAUUCUCAGCGCAGAAUUUUGCGCUUAUCAAUUAACAAAAACGGUACCAUCUUCGGUUUGUCCCGAUUCCAAGGAAACUUCAUCAAAAUUAUUGAAUUUAAAUUCAGAUAAUAACAAGGAUACAUCGGAAUACCGUAACAUUGACAGCGAAAGCGAGGCUUCAGCACAUUAUGAGAGUUGCAAUUCACCCGAGUUGCAGACCGAUGCGGAUCGGCAUUACGAAAUUCUCACAUUUAAAACCGAUAUGUGCGGCAAUACAAUGGAUAAUCGCUUAUACGAGCCAGUCGACUAUCACGAAAUUCACAACUCCUCUUCUGACAGAAGCAACUGCAUAAAAGAUAUUUCUUCAUCAUCGAGAGUACCAGAAACGAAAAAAUCAAAUCUCUUAGAAACUCCGAGAAGUCUCUUUAUCGAUUCGACCAUUCAAACUAUUCCUGUAACAGUCUCUAGAAAUAAUGAAACGCGCAGUUUGGAAAGAAUUCUGAUCAACGAGGAGACCUUGAAUAAAAUAAUUGUUCCUACGGCGUGCACAGAAAAAUCGCAGAACGACAUCACGGCCGUCAAUAAUUACGCGUCUAAAAAAAUGAUUCGCGAUCACCAAGUUGAAUGUGUCAAGAAGGAUGGUUCUUCUACCAGAAAUGUCUUCGUGAAAACAAAGCGCAUGAUCUUCAGUCCGUUUCGUCGAUCAGAAGAUCGACCAUCCUCGAGAAAGCAGAGCGACAGUUCCGUCGAUGAUCGACUUCUACAUUCAUCAAAAUCCAAGAGCAAGUCGAGAUCGGCGUCGCCGAAAUUGAGCCGACAAGAUGCUCUAUUGCGUGUAUCAUUAUCGCUGCCGUGGCCACUGCGAUCUACGUCAAAGGAGAGUGAAAUUCCCUCCGAAAUCGGGUCCAGAAGAAGCUCAGGAAGCAAGACGGAAGAUGCAACAAUGACCCAAGAAAAAAAUUCGCCAUGUGAAGAGAUUAACGUGGAUAAUAAGAGACUGAACGGAGAAUCAAGUAACAAUGACCCACCAUUUAUUGAUGAGGAUCAAGAAGAAAUUCAUCAGUCAGACACAGAGUUUGCGACAAUGAACGCAUGCUCGAUCGAAAAUACUUCUGCACGAAUUUCUAAGCAACUGGAAAAAUCAAAAAUAACAAUACUCGAACGGGAUUCAGAUGUAUAUCGAAUGCGGGGCAAGUUAAAAUAUAAUCAGACAUACGACGAUGGUGAACGCGAUAAAGUCAAGUGCAGUCAAGUGCAAUUCGAAGGAAAACGCGACAUGGAAAGAAACCGUAGCCAGAAGCGAGAAGAGGGGUGGCAAGAGGAAGUGAAAUUUGGCCGGAAAGAGGACGAAGCAAAGCAGCAAAAUGAGAAUCACUCUAGAUGUGACGCGGUAUCAUCGGAUUUGAUGCACAAACUUAGGAUACUUUCGGAUGCCGCGGCGAAAAGAGAAGGACGAAUGACGACAGCGGAAUCCUCCGUGAUCAGCAGUUUGGAAUCACGUUCCUCCAGGAUAAGACGAGCCAAGGAAAGCUUUCUGUCUCGGCGAGGCGGUCCUUUCUGUCGCUCCGUAAUGGAACCGACGGAUGCUGCCUCCAACCCUGAAGAUCCUUGGAGACGGACGUCGACGACUCAGAUAUCAACAAGAGAAAUAACGAGAUCGAACGAAAUCACAGUGACUGCUUCGAGCUCGCAAGAAUCGAGAUAUGCGAAAAACCAUACAGAAACGACGAUGUUGACCGUAGAAAACGAAACCGUGUCUUUGGGCGAGGACAAGAUCGACGUUCGAACGGAUUCGCUGGUGAAAUCAGCAAGUGCCGGAAUGAUCAAUGUGGAUCCCGACACGUUCGAUCGGCUGGUCACGGUUGAUCGUGGAUGCGAAUCUCUGCCGAGGGCCAUUGCGAAACGCCGCGACUCCUCGAGCCCGUUGGCGAAGAUCGUCGGGAAGCUGAAGCUUUCGCGAUUAAUUCGUGCUCGGAACGUCGACGGUGGCAACAUGAGCACGAUCACGACGUUGUGUAGGCAGAGUCUGUUGAUCGAUAUGCGAAACAAUCCCAAAAAUCAAAGUAACGAGCAAGGGAUUGAGGAUCCAGUCGAGGAUGAUACUGACGACGAACAUUCGGAUGAAUCUUGUAAAACGAUUCACGAAUGAAAUCUGUUCUUUAAUCGAGAUUAUAUAUUUAUGUAAUAUUCCA